AUGGACAGGGCACCAACAGGAAAUGGUGCUGCUGCAUCUCCCAGACAGAAGACGCACCUCUCUAUCAUCAAUGAAGACAAAUCCAAUGUGAUCUAUGACGAUGAUUCGGAUGUAUCCGAGAGCAGCAGCAGCAGCAGCAACAGCAAUAGCUCAACAGCUUCAGGCGCGCCUAGACGAAAUGAGACGCAGCAUGCUGGCGGUAUCGCGAAUAUACCAAAUCGGAUGAACAAUAGGCGACGUUCGGCCAUCAAGUUCAUGAACAGUAAGUUUGGUGGAUCCGGUCGCAUUCGGACGCAAAACGAAAUCGACAUGGUUCGUGAUAAGUUUAAGGAUACCUACCAACGUGAAGGAGAGGCCAUUCUCCUACAUGGUUAUCUUCACAUUCAGAUUUGCAGAGCCAAGAAUUUACGGAAUACUGACUGUUUGAGGAGUCUCCAUCGUUUUGGCAAGUGCAUUACCCACAAUGUGUCAGAUCCCUAUGUGACUGUCUAUGCAGGGCAUCACCGCCUCCUCAAGACCAGAAACAUUGAUGACAGCCUAAAUCCAGAAUGGAAUCAAGAUUUCUUUGUUCCUGUUUGUCAUCCCGUGGAAACGAUCGAGUUUCGGGUCAAAGAUUCAGACUUUGUCGGUGCGGAGUUGCUGGGAAAGACAAAUUUAUCGGUCCACGAAUUGAUUCAGUUUGCCGACAAACCUGCCGAGGAGGGAUCUGCUACUGCCGAGGGAUCUGCUACUGCCGAGGAGGGUUCUACUAGUGCUGAACCAGAUGACACCAACGUUAAAAUGAAUCCUUCGAGUGCCAGGAGAUACUACAGCGCGAAACAUCCCUUGUAUGACCGCACUUCAAAGCAGCUUCUCAGAACUGGUGUUCGCAAGAAGGUCCAUUUAGACGGCAAUCCUCUGCAUGGGACUUUGGAGUACUUUGUUGACUUCAUCCCAAAGGACCUGGUGCAUUUACCCCCGGAAAAACCCGUCGGCAUGGUGGUGCCGGGGGUUUACUUUCCGCUACGAGAAAGCAAUCGAAUCCGGCUUUACAUCAACGCAGACGAUAAUGGAAAUACGCCAACCGUCAAAUAUGGCAGCACCAGUGCCAAGCAAGAACGAAAAGAAUGGGAGCCUCGGCGAUUCUUCAGAGAUGUAUAUGAUUCCAUCUGUCACGCUCGGCAUAUGGUUUACAUUGUUGGUUGGUCCGUGGAUCACACAAAGUCACUCUUGCGAGGGAAAGAAGAACUCGAGGGGUUGAAUCCACAAAAUAAGAAGACUAAUAUCAUGUACAGUCCGAAUAUUGGAGAAUUGCUCAAUCAGAAAGCUGACGAGGGUGUGAUAGUCAACAUGCUAGUCUGGGAUGAUAAUACCUCGAAUUCACUGAAGAAAGUAGGGGUGGUUGGAACCAUGGACGAACAACUAAGAGAUUUUUUUCAUGGAUCCAAGGUCAACCUUCGCCUCAUUCCCAUGGGGAUGGGUGACGGCAAUGUGCAGAAGAAAUUUCGAAACGCAAUGUACUACACUCACCAUCAGAAAUGUAUCAUAUGUGAUACGCCGAAAAGCGAACUUGUCGCGUAUGUUGGUGGCAUCGAUCUUACGUAUGGUCGGUAUGAGGAUGGAAGUUAUUCAUUGUUCCGAACCUUGGACUCAGAACACAAAGAUGACUUCUACAAUGCUUGUGCUGCAGUAACUCCCGAUACUGGGCCACGCCAGCCCUGGCAUGAUAUCCAUUCACGAGUUGAAGGUUUGGGGACUCUCGAUCUACUGCAGAACUUUGAGGAACGUUGGGUCGGGCAGGGUGGCGAAGAUUCCGAUUUGGUAAAUUUGGAAGACAAGGGGAUCAGUGCUCAGAAUUCCAAGAACGAGUCAGAUGACGACGAAGGGAGUAGCUGGAACACCCAACUAUUCCGAUCAAUUAAUGAGCGGACAGCGAAAAUGGUAGAACCAAAAUUCACGACGGCAGCAUUUGAAGAUGUGAAAGGAGUGGAGUUUGAUGCCGAGAGAGAGAUUAAGACGGGCAAGAGAAAAACAAUGGCGGAGAACUUCUGGAGGACGGGGAAACAACGGGAACAACGAUUCCACGCAAGCACUGCCGAUAAUAACGUGGAGGUUUCCAGGCCUUUGGAUGCCAAACGGGAUCUCCUGGUCGAUAAAAGCUGUCACAAAGCACUCGUUCACCACAUCCGCAAUGCGCAACAUUCAAUAUACAUGGAAAGCCAAUACUUUCUGAGCAGCUCUUUCUUGUGGCCUGAACGGAAAACAGGGAAGUGCUGCAAUCUGGUUGCCUCUGAAAUCACUUUCAAGAUCUGUGAAAAGAUUGAAGCUGGUGAACGAUUUGCGGCCUACAUAGUUGUCCCUAUGUGGCCUGAAGGCAACCCCGAUUCAAUCUCUAUGCAAAAUAUCCUGGCAUAUCAAUCAUUCACCAUGAGAACAAUGUAUAGACGAAUCGUUAAAUCGAUUAGACGACGAAGACAAGCGCUGGCAUCAGAGGGAACUCAACAGGAAAUCAACGAAUUUAAGAGCGUACAGCCGAGUGACUACUUGAACUUUUACUGCCUGGCCAACCGAGAAGUCGCGGAUACAAAAACUAUACCAACUGGAUUGCUCAACCAAACGCGCCGGCACUUGGUGUACACUCAUUCGAAGUUGGUUAUUGUGGACGAUGCCAUCGCCCUGAUCGGCUCGGCCAACGUCAAUCAACGGUCCCUUGAUGGUCACCGAGACUCUGAGCUGCUCAUGGGAAUUUGGCAACCUGCUCAUCUAGCGACGAAGGAAUCGGUUGCCAAAGGUGAUAUGCAUGGCUUUCGGAUGCAAUGCUUCGCUCAUUUGACGGGUACUAUGGAGGACAUUUUUCGCUACCCAUCUAGUUUAGAUUGCGUCAGGCGCAUCAAUACCAUUGCCAAGGACAACUGGGACAGGUACGCUCAGGAAGAAGUAUGCGAAAUGUCGUCGUACCUCGUAUCGUAUCCUGUCAAAGUCCUCGAAGACGGAGAUUUGGAGCCGGUAACUGCAGAUGGCAACUUCCCAGAUACCAAUGCACCGAUCCUCGGGAAGCCGGGGGGUCUUCCUCGGUUUCUUAUAACGUAG